AUGAUCGAGGACGGCCUGGCUCAGAGGCUCCCGAAAGCGCCAAGGUAUACCAAACCAUACCCGCCAGAAAUUGACCGAACCCCUCUUCCCCGGAACUACCUGUUGCCAGAAUUCAUUCCAUUCUCUGAGGAUGGGCAGACCUCCUCCAUCGAACACAUAGGCCGCUUCACGGCCCAGUGCGGAGAGGCCGAUUCGGACGCCCAGAAGCUCCGUUUAUUCGUUCACUCUUUGACCGGCGCGGCCUUCUCGUGGUUCAUAAACCUUCCGCCGAAUUCGGUGAGGGAUUGGUCUGACAUGGAAAAGAUAUUCCACGAACAUUUCUACCAGACCAAUCGGGAAAUAACGAUCACCGAGCUGGCAAGGAUGAGCCAGGCGUCAGACGAAUCACCUCGCGACUACCUGCAGCGGUUCAAAACGUGUAGGAACUGGUGCCGCACGAACCUACCGGAGAAGGAAUUUGUCAAGAUGGCCGAAGAAGGGUUGGAAUUCGAAAACUGGAAGAAAUUCCAGGGGAUUGAAUUCCGGUACAUGCACGACUUGAUCAACAAGGUGGACCGAUAUGCAUCCUUGUUGAAAGAAGAGGUGCAGAAGAGGACGGCUUCAAAAGGGACUUACUAUCGGAAUCUCGUUGUCAGCUAUGCCGAGACACACAACCCCACAGAGGCCGAGGGCGACGAAGUUGAGAUGAGCUCAGCCGAAGUCAGCAUAGACAAGCCAUUUGUCUGCAGAGGACUUGUCAAGGCCGACAAUAACCGCACAAAGACUCCCGACGCCAAGUUCGCGACUCGAGAAACGAAGACCUACACUUUUGAUUUGACCAGGGCCGAAGCUAUCUUUAACCUACUGUUAACCGAGACAAAGGUCAAAUUGUCUUUUGGCCAUAAAAUUCCGAAACCCGAAGAGCUCAAAGGAAAGACGUUCUGCAAAUACCACAGUUCUUGGUCUCACAACACCAAUAAUUGCGUUGUUCUGCGAGACGUCAUCCAAAAGUUGAUAGACGAAAAGAAGCUUCAAUUCCCGGAAAAGGCGGCCAUGCAAGUCGACUCUAAGCCAUUCCCUCCGCAUGUCAUCAACAUGGUCAACGCUCAGCUCCGGGCCGAAUAUAGGGAAGUUCGUCGGCCUGCAAAAGGAAAGGAGUCGUUGGCCGAACCAGAGCCGGUACCGUGCAGUCGAUGCAAGUCUGAGAUCGGUCAGCUCAGACUGCCAGAAAACAAGAGGAAGGCCAUCGAGCCGUCUCGACCGGCUAUGAGGAAAUUCGGCGGCCAGUACGACCGUCAGCCAGCGCGACCAUCGGCUAGCGAGAAGAGCUGUUUUCGAACCACUAGGGGCACGAGGCCCCAGUACUUCGGCAGGCCACAAAGACGGAGUCGCUCCUAG